UUUCGUACUCGAGACGUCACUGAAUACCUAAAAAAUAAGGUACGAAUAGGAUUAUAAUAGCUUUGUACUACCGUGCAUCGUACCUGACUUACGGGUAUCUUGAUCUGAAGUGUAUUCAUUCGGAGUCCAAUCUCGGCCUCAGAGUCCAAACCUACCAAGCCCUAGUCACUCCUCGCUUCUUCUUCGACUCGAAGUCCGUCACCGUGCCAGCGGGGAAACAUACGAAUAGGGAUACAGUUUCCCUAACACCAUUCAAUUGUUUGAGCCCGGUGACCGUAAACAGGGGUUGUGGCUCGCCGCGCAGGGACUCAUCGACAUGGAAGACGACACAAUGACUGGCACCGAUAACCAGGCCGAAGCCUCGGCAUCCGACAACACCUUCACCCGAGGGGAGCGCAUUCAGCAGCUAUGUGAUAUUGACAAGGAUAUUGUCCAACUCAUGGACCAUACUGCUAAAGCCAUUGCUGCCCUUGGCCCACAACCGGCAUCUGUACCACCAACUCAACAAACCGAGUCUUUCAGAAGAUCUAUGGAUGGCCUCCUGGAGACUUUGCACAAUGUGGAUGUGCACAUGAAAAGACAAAUCCUAGGCCUCGAGGAAGCGCGCAUCAUCCGACUUCGCCAAGAUACCAAGGUAAUGAAUGAAGAUGCCAGGAUAGUUGCGAAGCCUUCGCUGGAACCUAAUGGGGUUGGAAGCAUUGGAAAUCUGGAUGUUGGAUGGCUAAACAGCCGAAACAGUAAGGUUGAGCGUGACAUGGAAGCCGAGCUGUGGGGGAACAUGAAGAAAUACCUCGAGGAGUACAAUGAGGGCCACGAAGAGAAGAAGCCAACCCCCUAGCGAAAGACAAAGAGAGUGCAAACAUCAAAUCCCGGAGAUGAUUUGAACAGUGAAUACAAACCCUCAUAUUAAUUCAGUUUAUUCUCGCAGGUACGGGAGUCGGUGGCAGCGUCU